CGCGUCUCCUCUCCCUUGACGCGUUUGCCCGCUUAUCAGUUAUCGCCGACUGUGUCUGUCUUCUUGACACAGGAGGCAUCCACCUAUGGCGAUACGACGUCCUGUACAGGAAUGAGUUAUACUAAAAUACAGCCAUAAUGUCACAGAUCGAUGGUGUACAGGGCAGUUUGCUCCACGAGCCUACGGGCAAGGUGGAGGAUGAGUUUGAGCGGACUACAUCUGACUACAGACCGUUGCACUCUUUCAAAUUAGAGAAGGAGAAGUCAUACCAGCAGCAGUUUGCCGAUAUGUACUUCCUUCGGCUGACCAAGCUCAAACCUACCGUGGAACAAAUAGCUUCAGAAGCUUGGCGUGACACGGUAAUCGGCAAUGAACCCGCCAAGAAAGUUGAGCGAGUCUUGGACAUUCGACAAGGCGAACUGUGUUGGGUCGCCGGUACUGUUUAUAUGGAAAUGGCACUGAAGCCUAAUAUCCUUGACGACGUCUCCAAGGACAGAUGGCUCUCAGCGCCUAUGACGAAUAACAAGUACUACGCCGACGACGGUUCAGAUGCCGUGACUCUGGAAGAUGAGUCUGGCCGCAUUCGCCUAGUAGGCGAUUUUCUCAAGGAUGUAAUUCUAGUCACGGGAUGCAUCGUCGCUGUCAUGGGCACUGAGAACGUAAAUGGCGAGCUAGAAGUCAUUGAUCUCAAGUUCCCCGACUUACCUCCGCAACCAGAACGGUGGGCUGUCUCAGAGCCCUCUUCGACGAACGGGGACGGCGAUUCCAAGAAACCCAAGGACGAGGACGAGGAAAUGAAAGACGCUCAACCCAGGAGGGGUAGCGGCGGGAAAAUUGCCAUCGUAUCUGGACUGGGUUUCUCAGCCCAGGACGCGGGCCACGCCAUCGAGCUCAACUUGCUCCUCGAGUACCUCCUAGGCGAGGCACUAGACCCUACCGCACAGCGCGAAUUGUCACAUAUCAGCCGUCUCAUCAUCGCGGGUAACUCCAUAUCGCUCGAAGAGCGCCAGCCCAUCGAUGAGGACUCUCUUGAGAAAAAGAUAGAUCAUAAAAAAUAUGGUUACGACAGCAGCACAUACAACGCCCAACCCUCACAACUCCUCGAUGAUUUCCUUUCCGCGCUGCUCCCCUCCAUCCCCAUAACCCUGCUCCCCGGAGCCCAAGACCCCGCAAACACAAGCUAUCCCCAACAGCCCAUCCACCCAGCCAUGUUUCCAGAGUCGCGCGCCUAUACGGCGGUGCCGGGUUCGACGGAGAGCGGUUGGCUCGACACAGUGACGAAUCCCUGGGAAGGCGAGAUCGAAGGGUGGAGGGUUCUCGGCACCGGCGGGCAGAACGUCGACGACAUAUUCAAGUAUGUCGGCAGCGACGACCGUCUGGGCAUGAUGGAGGCCAUGUGCAGGUGGCGGUGUUGCGCGCCGACGGCGCCUGAUACGUUAUGGAGUUACCCCUUCCAAGACGACGACCCAUUCGUUAUGUACACCUGUCCGCACCUUUACAUAGUAGGCUGCCAGCCCGAGUUCGGCACCAAAGUAAUCCACGGCGAGGACGGCCAGGCGGUACGGUUGAUCGCGGUCCCGUGGUUCUCUGCCACAGGGGAGAUCGUGCUGGUGGACUCUGAGACGCUUCAUGUGUCGAGAGUCAAGAUCACUGCGGGGCUAGCUGAUACUUAGUGCAUCGUCAAGGAAAAAUCAAUGCAUCAACAUUCACAAUGAAAUCUCUCAAAUGAAGAGCAGCAGGUGGCUCAAGAAGCUUGGGCUUUUCCAUAGUCAACUAGCGAUACCCAGUUAGAGUGGGAGAAAUCUACGAGAUGAUAUCCCUCCAGACCUAUCCUACACCUUAAACCUGUCCAUGUACAAGUACAUCUACGAUGGCAGAGACGUUGGGAAAACAACGCAUAAUCUUCAUUGCU